UCUCUCUUCUUUCCUUCAGACAGAGAGAGAAAAUCCCCUUAAUUUCUCACUUUCUCUCCCAUUGAAUUCCUUCCCCACCCUUUCUUUAUUGUUUUUACCUUACUCUGUUUUUCUUUCUCUCUCUCUCUCUCUCUCUCGUCUUUUUGUUUUCCCCCUGUUUUCCCUAAAGAGAUUAGAGAGAGAAUCAGAGCAAUCUCUCUCUUUCUCUCUCUAUCUCUCUCUCUCUCUCUCUAUCUCUGUGUGUGUGUGUCUGAAAACCAUGUUUAUCUUUGAUAAGGUACCGAUGCAAACAAAUCUUGAAAGCUUCUUGGAUUGCACAACCCCUGUGGUCCCAUCUCAAUUUCUGCCCAAGAGUGAGAUGAUGAAGCUUAACAAGCUAUGGCAUCCAUGGGAAAGAGAGAACAUUGACUAUUUUACCCUCGGUGAUCUUUGGACUAGCUUCGACGAAUGGAGCGCUUGCGGCGCCGGAAUCCCGAUCGUCUCCGACGACGGCCAGAAUUUAAUCCAAUAUUUCGUUCCGUAUCUCUCCGCAAUCCAAAUUUUCACCAGCAAUUCAUCUCUAAAUUGUACGAGGGAUAGGGAUGAAACGGACUCGAGUGAGACUAGAGAUUCGUUUAGCGAUUCAUUUAGUGACGAGAGUGAGAGCGAGAAGUUGUCUAGGUGGGACGGAUGUUCCUCCGAAGAAGGGCUUUCCGAGCAAGAUUGCUCGUGGCAUCCAAACGCUCGAUUGGGUAAUCUUUAUUUUCAAUACUUUGAGAAGUCGUCUCCUUACGGAAGAGUUCCCCUCGCGGACAAGACUUUUAGCUUAGCUGAAAGAUACCCUGGAUUAAUGUCUUUGAGAAGUGUAGAUCUUUCACCUGCGAGUUGGAUGGCUGUUGCAUGGUACCCUAUUUAUCACAUUCCCGCCGGAAGAGCCGUUAGAGACUUGCAGACGUGCUUCCUCACUUACCACACACUUUCCUCUUCUUUUCAAGAUAUGGAUUUUGAAGAAGAUGCGGAGAAUGUCGAGAGGAAAGGAAAAGAAGGUGAAAGCAUAGCUCUGCCUCCGUUUGGUUUGGCGACUUAUAAGAUGCAAGGCGAUGUUUGGAUAUCCGACAAAAUGGGCGGUCAAGAUCAAGAGAGGCUCUUUUCAAUGGUGAGUGUUGCCGAUUCUUGGCUAAAGCAAUUACACGUGCAGCACCAUGACUUCAAUUACUUCAUGGGAAUUCGCCAUUGAUAAGAAGCAUACCCGAAAUAAAAUCCGUUUUUUUAGUUAAACCCCUCCAAAAAAAACAAAACCAAAAAAAAAAAAAAAUUAUAUUAUAUCGACGACUAGAAUGCUUUUUCUCCCGUGUUUUUUUGAGUAUUCGUACUGAGAAAACGAGAGAAUUAGUGAGCUUUAGAGGUGUAGAGAAUUUUCUCUGGUUUUUAACGUGCGUUUUUUUUUUUUUUUUAAUUGAGUUGGUUUUAGAACGCGUAAAGGUGAAACUAACAAACGCCCGCUUUUUUUUCGGAUUUUUUUUUUCCGUAAGAGGUGGUUUUAUUGCAAGAGCGAUUUAGAUGAAGAGAGAGUGAAGUUCUUGGGGACUUUUAUAUGUACAGGUUCAGGAGAAAAAAAAAAACAAGUGGACUUUGCACAUUUUAUAUGUAACAUAAAUUUCAUGACUUGUUAUAUUAUAUUUUUCCCGGAUUUUA